AUGAAUGAAAACAAGUACGUCGAAGUGACAAUUAUCGAUUCCCCUGCAAAAAUGCCCACUUCUGACAUUGAAUGUGCGCGUUCUGCAAACACCUUAAGUACUAUUCACGAAUGCGACAGCUUUAAGGAUUCCAAUUCGCGCGUUAGAAAUGGCAUUCGAAGGAGCAUUGAAAAUUCUGAAACCUUGAAAUCGAAUAUUAAAAACGAGUGCUUUCCAUCUUCGAAGCAAAAAAUAGAUUCACUUCGAAGCGUGAAUCAACCAUUCGAUAUCGAUCUGCUUUUGAGAUACUACGCGUACAAUUCUGAUAUGGAAAAAUCGAUUAGGAAAGUGUUUGAAAAAACUGAUGAAAAAUUUAGCAAGGACAUUGAGCGAGGUCCUUUAGUUGAAUUAGGAGCAGUUUACAAAAUUAUUGAAUUACUUCAACGAUCGUCCUCUGAAAACGCUUGGCUGUUCGCGUAUCGAUUUCAGGAAACUUUAAUUAAAUUACAGGCUUUGAUAGGUCGCUACAACAGCAAAGAAUUGGAACAGAUUCUCUCGAGCGAUCCAUCGAUGAAAAUCUGUAAAUACUGUGGAGUGAUCAGUUGCUCGAAGUCUAGAAACGUUUCCAUCGAGCAGCGACAAUCACCGCCCAGAACUUCUUACUUUCUGAACACGCAAGCAAUAUCGAACAAUGACGCAAAAAUGUACAGAGAAUUUGAAAGGAAUAGUCUCAGAAAGAAACGAGAAACGGAAGAAAUUAGAAAAUGUUUCGAUACGCAAAGAAAUUUCAGUCCUAUUUCUAAACGACACAAAAAUAUCAACAAAGACCGUAGCUCGAGAGAAGGGAGUUUAACUUUUAAACAGAGGGACCAGCCACGUUCAAAUAUUCUUCAGCAAGUUGAGAUUAUGAUUGCCGAGCGUGAAAAUGGUGACGAAACGCAAGAAAAAAUACCCACUAUGCAAAGCACAGCUAGCGAAAGAAAUGCGAAAGGAGAUAAAACUCGAGCACUUGACAGCGCAAAAUCGUCUAAAAUGGAAUCACAGGACCGCGUCGACGUCUCGCAAAUUACAAAGCUAUCCCGUUCAGAGGAAGAACAAUUGGAAAUAAAAAAAAAUGAUAAAAGAAAAUCGAACUCUGGAACGACUGGACGACUGAAAACUAAUUCCAAUUGUAGUACUGUCGAUUUUCCAAGCAGUAUCUUGCGUGCGAGAGCCUUCGAUCAAGAACAGACGAAGAAUUCAUCUCAGUCGUCCAACAAACAAAAAGAGCAUAAAAUGCCACGAACCAGUCGCCAAAGUGGCGACGAAUUCGACGAAAAAGUGAUAAACGACAUCUCGUACGUAAAAUCAAAGUCAGGGCUGAACGACUCUAGAACGAACAUAUGUCUAGACGCAAUGCAAAAAAUUGGGAUCAAACAAAAUCAAUCAUCGAGCCCUGUUAACACGGCUUCGAUCAUUGAUAGAAUGGCAUAUUUGGCACGCGGCUGCGUCGAACCGUCAGAGGCGAAGAAAAAGGAAUUCGUUUCGCAAUUUGACGAUAGAGCUUGGGUGCAAUCUAAAUACUCCAACGAUAUGGACACCUUCGCUCUGCACGCUAGUCGAGAUUACAAUCCGCAAUUAGAGUCACCGUACAGGAUGCACAAACGAGAAGAGACCAACAAGGAUAAACACGAAGGUCGAGAAACUCUACCCAAAAAUUACGCAGAGCGUUGGCGAUGGAUCGAAUACAAAACAGGAUCGAAAAACAGUGGAAAACUUGGAAGCAUCUCGUGUUUAAUGGAGAACGACUCGCUGGAGAAUUUAACCAAAGCGUCGAGCUCCAUGGCGCGGUCUGGCCAAAGCGACACCACAGCCUUCAGUUCCUCCUCUGCAGAGAAUCUGAUACGCGAAUGGGUGAAUCCCCCGCAAAGAAUGAAUAAAGAAAGCAGUGUUCACGAGGAGAUACGUAAAAGAUCAGAUGCAUCGAAGCAUCUCAUGUUUGGGUUAAACGUUGAGUCUCGACCAUCCAAGUCGGACGAAAAGUCCAUACACUCUAGGCAGAUGUUCAACGAGCAACGUAAUUUGCGAAACGAGAAUUCUUACAAAACGCGGCGUCAAGAGAAUCAGGAGAAAUUUAUUUUUCCAAUUGGACAGACUACGUCGAAUGUCCCUAGCGAGAAUUCGAAGCUUACGAACCAGAAGUUCCUCGACGAUGGGACGAAGUCAAAGAUUUCCAAGAAACUUGAAAGCGUCAGAUGGAAGAAGUUUAGGAUGAAACAGCUUUUUAAAUCUUUGACGUCGAUGAAAUCGACGAAGUCCGUCAAGUCUAACGACUCGAGCGCCAAGCUGUCGAACAUGUCCAGCAAUAAUUCGAACGAUUCUUUCAGAAAUAUCACCAGAAGAAUCAAUUACAACGAGAGUUCCUUCAAAACUAUAAUGGAUAGUAGGUGCGAGAAAACAGCGAACACGUUAUCGCUUUAUCGUCGAAUUCUCGAGAACACCGAAGGAAUGGACUGGGAGACUUUCCAGCGUUUUGUGGAGAACUUGCACGAGAGUCAGAGAGAUCUGUGGCGGGAUAUUUGCAACGCUAUUAACAGAGAAGCGAAAAGGAUAACCGAUAAGGGCGACGGCGUCACGGAGGUGUGUAUAGAGAUCAGUUCCGUUCCCCGCGACGGAACAAAGAGCGAGGGAAGAACGCGCAGCGACGAGAUCGUGUUCGAGAUGGACAUGACGCUCAGGGACGUCGAGGGCUUUCUCGAUAGCCAGCUGGUUUCCACCGAGAAAGGCCAGCUUGACAACCUGAAGAGAGCCAGCCAAGUUAUUAGAGUUCGAAAUGAUGACGUUUGUAAUACUGAAGUGGUCUCCGAGUGUGCUGAGUAG